AUUGGGAUAUGCUUGAUCUGAUCUAAGCUCAACAGGAAAGAAAUAAAUAGACAAAGAAAAUUCAAUCUCUGAAAAUCAAAAACUGAUAUUUGUUUCCUUCAAGAAUUUUCCAUAGGAAACUUCUUGCGAGCUUCCCUACCCAUUUAUUCUCCAUAAAAUGUAUUCACAAACCGUACAAAACAUUAACUACUUUCUCCAGCCAUUUGCAUAUAUAAAUACUAAGAACCCUUCAUUAUGCUAUCAUCAUAUGUGCAAGAAACACCAAAUUACAAAGCUUCAUAACUUCAUGUUAAUGGUGACUUAUUUCUGUUUGAUAACAUGUCUCCCCUUAGCAAGAACGACUUGCAACGGAUUUUUGAGAAGCUUGACAAGAAUGGUGAUGGGUUGGUCAGCCUAGAGGAGCUCAAUUGGCUCCUGGAGAGAAUUGGAGUCGAGUUUAGGCCGGAGGAGUUGGAGUCCUUAGUUGGGAAGCCAUGUCUCGACUUGGAUGAAUUCUUAUUCUUUUAUGAUUCCAUCUCGAAUCAGAAUGUUGAUGGUGGAAAGAAGAUUGAGGCAGCAGCUGGUGAUCAUGAGGAGGAACUGAUCAUUCAUGGCGAUGAUGAUGAUGAUGACAGUGACCUAGCUAAGGCUUUCAAGGUGUUUGACUUGAAUGGGGAUGGCUUCAUUUCUUGUGAGGAGCUUCAAAGCGUGUUGGGUAGACUUGGUUUAUGGGAUGAAAGCAGUGGCAAAGAUUGCAGAAACAUGAUUUGCUUCUACGACACCAACUCCGACGGCAUGGUUGAUUUUGAAGAAUUCAAAAACAUGAUGUUACACACCAUUUAAGCUUCAUACCAAAUCCCAUUUAAGCUGUUACCCCUUGUAAAAUACCAUUAAUUAUAGAAAUAGAAUGUCCAUAUCAUUUCCUUUUUUUUUUUUUUUUAUGUAAUAGAUAUAUUCUGAGUAGAACAAUUGCCGGUAUUGUCUCUUUUCCUUCUUUCUUUCUUUUUAUGCUUAUGUCUUUAUAUGGUCUACUUGGUCCAAACAAAAGGUAAAAGUACCGGACACAGAAUAAAAGGACGGUAGCUGCGCGUUCCAAACGAGUACCAUAUAGAUAAACUUUCUUA